AUGAAGUGCUUCCAACGUGCCGGGCCACGACCCAUGAUUGCCAACGAUAAUAAGCACUGGAACGAAGACAGUGAGCGACGUGCUUACAAUGAUCGGAUCAGUCGUAUGCGGAAGAUCGAGUACCCAAUGCUUGAAGAUCUGACGUACCUCGAUCAUGGCGGCACGACGCUCGCACCCAAGUCUUUACUCAAGUCCUUCUGCGACGAGAUGCAAAGCACUCUCCUCGCCAAUCCUCACUCUGAUUCAUCCAACCCGAGUUUGACUGCCGUCAUGGUAGAGCAAACCCGGCUUGCUGUCUUGAAGAUGUUCAACGCCGACCCCGUUCACUUUGAUGUCGUCUUCACCGCUAAUGCCACUGGUGCCAUCAAAUUGGUGACAGAAGGAUUCUCUGGAUACGAGAAAGGAUUCGAUUACUGUUAUCAUCGUAACAGCCAUACAAGUCUGGUUGGUGUCCGAGAGCUGGCCAAUCGUAGCCACUGUUUCGCAUCCAAUGAGGAGACAGAAGACUGGCUCGCCGGAGCGAACGACUCUUCCUUCGAAGGUCCUCUUGCGGGGAGACCAUUGUUGUUUGCGUAUCCAGCGCAGUCGUAG